AUGGCGCGGCUCAAGCACAAGCCUUCCCGGGGGCCUGCGGCAACACGCACUCACCAGCAGCAGCAGCAGCAGCAGCAGCAGCAGCAAAGGAGGAGGCCCUCAGCUUCCUUCCCCAGCAGCCCAGAGAGCGGCAGCUCCUCCUCGCCUUCGCCGACCCCUGCUCGCAAGGGGGCCCUUCAAGGGGGCCCCCCAGGGGGCCCCCCAGGGGGCCCCCCAGGGGGGCCCCCCGAGGGGCCCCCAGGGGGGCCCCCAAGGGGGCCCCCAGUGCGGAGGCAAGUUGGAGUUGGCCACCGCGCUAGAGCCCACCCAGGGGUUAAGGCCCUUAAGGAAAUCCGCAAAUACCGAAACAGUACAGAGCUGCUGAUUCCUCGGUCUCCAUUCUUUCGCCUUGUGAGAGAAGUGGCGCAGAAGUUCACGCCGCCCUAUGCGGGCAUGUACAGGUUCACGGCCACUGCGCUGGAGGCGCUGCAGUCUGCAGCAGAGGCCUUUCUUGUGGGGCUUUUUGAAGACUCUAAUUUGUGUGCUUUGCAUGCAAAGAGAGUUACAGUAAUGCCGAAGGACUUGCACUUGGCCAGGAGAAUCCGAAGAACCUAA